AUGCGAGUAAAGUUCGUGAGAACUUUGUUGGUUCUGGCGUUACUUGGUAAUAUAAUUGUGUGGCAUAAGAUAUGGUGGUUAUUUACAUCACAGAAUACAUUAAAAUCGUCAACGGGUACCACCGUAUCGGUGGACAACCCCCAGAAGCUUCAUCGAAGAUUAGCACGAUUAAUUACAAUAGUAAUACACCAAUUUGAAACAUUCGAAAAUGAUGUUGCGGCAACAGUAGACUCCGUCCUUAAUUCAUUUCCUGCCAUGCCCAUCCUUAUAGUUUGUAACGAAUUACCUUACCCACCACUCGAGUUAAAUUUUGCAAAUGAUAGUUUAAAUAAUGUUAAAUUAAUAAAUUUACAACCAGACUUUAAUAGGUCUUUCGAAGAUAGAAAUCCACUUUAUUUUAUACAAACUAAAUUCGUGCUAUUUUUACCUGACGCUACGAGGAUAUCAAGUAAACAAGUUUUACAGGAAGCUGUAUUACAUGCAACAGAAACAGGUGCGAUAGCAUUACCAAUUGGUAAAAAUUCUUUGAAUUGUUUAGAAUUACAUGUUAAGAUAAAAGAAUGGAAUUUGCGUGUUACCAAAACGACUGGUACAACUUGCGAUGCUAUUACUGGUAAACAUGCAACUCUAAUUGAUACACAUGCAUUAAAAAAAUUAUCUGAUCCAUUCAUGUUGCCGUUUAUGGAUGCAUUGUAUCUGCAAACAACUGUUGCUAAUAUCAAAAUUAAUAUAAUGAAGAAUCAUCAGCUGAAUGAAGGAAAACCAUUGUUUCGAAGUCAACAAUCACAAUGGAAAUUGCAACAGCUCCAUCAAAAACGAGAACGAUCGAUGUUCGAAAAAUUAGGAUUCAAAAGAGUAAUAAGAGCAUCGGGUGCUGUUGAUUGGUAUGGAUGUUCACGAGAUACGCCACGUUGUUUUGGAUCAAUAGUUAAUGGAGUACCAUCGUAUCUGUAUCAAAACCGUUUCACACCACCCUGUUGCCUGGCUGGUCUACGUAAAGUUGCUCAUCACGUUUUUGAUAAAUUAGAAGAGGUGGGAAUCAGGUUCUGGCUAGAGGGCAGUUCGUUGUUGGGUGCAAUGAAAAAUGGUGACAUUCUACCGUGGGAUUAUCAAGUAGAAAUCGGGAUCAAUCGGGAUGAUUUAAAUCGUUCACCGUGGUUAGUAAAAGCACGUAAUAAACCUGUCACCGAUAACCACGGGUUCGUUUGGGAGAAAGCGACUGAGGGAGAAUUUUAUAAAGUCCAAUAUUCUAAAAUAAAUCGUUUACAUGUUAAUUUACUCCCAUUUUAUGUUAAAAAUGGUACAAUGACACGCGAUUCUUGGUUUUUGAAGAACCGCGAUUUUCCGGAACAAUUUUUGCAUCCAAUGUCGAGUAUCGAAUUUGCGGGUAGGCAAGUGCCUAGUCCUAAUAAUAUUAGGGAUUUUUUGGAAAUAAAGUAUUAUAAAGGUGUUGUCGAGAAUCCAGAAUUACCUGGGAAAUUAUUUAAUUAG